AUGCGCGCGUUUGAGCAACAGCCAUCCCCGAGACAGCGUUUCUUCAUCGACCUGGCGGAGACCACGCCAAGUGCUCCCAGCCGCCCGCCAGUCUACGGAAAUGCGAUUGUCGCAGCCUCCCCGCCAGUUCCCUGGCCUCCGCCCUUGGCCAGUACGCCAAGAGGUCUCCAUGGGGCACGGCUCCGGCAAGCUCACUCUCCUCGACCGUACUCUGUGGCACGCCAUGCUGUGGCCACGGUCACUGGGCACCCGAGAGCCUUUGCCUCGCCUUUGCCGGGCUACACCUUGCAAUCGCCCAGACGACUUGCGCCGCAGGAGGUCUACGAAAUGAACCCCAGGAGUCCCAGGCAGCCUGUUGGCGAGCAAGGAGUUCCGGCUGUGCCAGUCCGGCGCUUCCAGCAAGUGCAUGUGGCCCCACCGCGAGAGAACGGCGUGAGUUUGGAUCAGGGCCAAGGCAUGGCCGCGCCUGUUCCAGCUCCGCCACUGGAGGCACCAGGAACUCUGGUACCUGGGACUGAGCUCCAAGUUGGCUACCUGCGGUUGAGAUGCGAAGAGCUCUUAGGCAGCGGCUCUUAUAGCACUGUUUGGUUAGCCAAAGUCGUGCCUCAGCGACAAAGUAGCGCAAAGCUUCAGGAGAAUCAAGAGGAAGUCAAGUCUGUGGCACUAAAGGAUGUGUUCUGCCGGGGCGAAGCUGCACUCCAGCAGUCCCUAUUCGAGGUGCAACUUCUGAUGGCUGUGGAGCGGCGGAUGUCUCGCAACAAGGCAGAGGUGUCGCCUCCUCGGCUACCAAGAUGUCUUACCUACCAGGUAGAUGCCUCCGAAGAAGGUUGGAGCGUCCGGAUGGCCUUGACAAGGCUAAAAGGUGAGCAACUUGAUGGCUGGUUGCAACGCAGCUGCGAAGUCAAUGGCGGUCACUUUCAAAGGCCAUGGACGGAUCAGCUCCAUGGCGGCUGCAUCCUUGCCAGGCAGUUGCUCCAGCAGCUGGGCCCGACCUUGCAGAACCUGGCGCGCUUUGUCGGUGUUGAUAUGUGCAGCGUAAGCAUAGAGCAUGUUGCUGGGGAGAAUGCGCCGUUGGUCUUCUACUCUGGCUUCACUCGUUCCUUUCUAGCUGGUGAACAAGGCACAAGUGCAGAAUGGCUGCAGAAGAUCCAGCAGAAAGUUGCCGCUAUGUCCGAGGGACGCAGAGUUCUCAUCAUCGAUGGAGUGGGCUUCCCUUCAGUGGGCUCCAUUGUCGGGGUGGACAACGCUGACGUGGCCAAAGCAGCCAAGGCACCAGUACUCCUGGUUUGCGCCUCGACAGCGGGCUCUGCUGUCGACAGCUUCAGCCUAAAUGCUAGCUACUUUGUGGCCAAAGGGGUGCCAGUGCUGGGUGCUCUUUUCAACCUGGGUGAUGCUGAUGGCUUCUACUCUUGGGACAAGUGUGCGAAGAGUAUAGAGGCAUGGUUUUCCCAGCAUCUUGGCUCCCUUUCAUGCUUAUGUUAUCCUAUGUUCCUUCUAUUAUUCUUUCUCAGCAUGACUGACUGCCAGUAG